UCUACUUUCUAGGGCAUCCCAGAUACUUUUACACUCUCACAAAGCAACAAACUAUAACAGAGAGAGAGCUUUGAUCUUUAGUACGGGAAGAGCUAAGCUUAUAGAUCGCAAUCGGAGAAGAUGCAGCUGUACGGUAUCCAAUCGAUGCUCAAGGAAGGCUACAGACACCUCUCUGGCCUAGAAAAAGCCGUCAUCAAAAACAUCAAAGCUUGCAAGGAGCUCUCCACCAUCACCCGCACUUCUCUCGGCGCCAAUGGUUCGUUAAUCGCUUCCUUGAUUCAUUUUAUCGGGAUCCGCGAGUAUGUUUCUCCGAUAUAAUUAGAAUCUAUAGUGCUUGAUCUGCUUACGGUUUAGUGAGUAAUGUAAAUCUGAUAGGCCCUUCUUUGUUUGUUAGGAUUGAACAAAAUGGUUAUAAACCAUUCAGAUAAGCUCUUUGUAACCAACGACGCUGCGACCAUUGUGAAUGAGCUCGAGAUUCAGCACCCUGCUGCAAAGAUUCUUGUUUUAGCUGCCAAGGCGCAGCAGGAAGAGAUCAGAGAUGGAGCUAACCUCACCAUCUCUUUUGCGGGAGAGCUUUUACAGAAUGCGGACUGUGGAGGAGCUUAUUAGGAUGGGGUUGCAUCCGAGUGAGAUCAUUAGUGGAUAUAACAAAGCAAUCAUUAAGGUUGUUGAGGUUCUUGAAGAAUUGGAUGAGAGUGGUUCUGAGAGGAUGGAUGUGCGUAGCAAAUAUGAAGUUGUUUCUAGAAUGAGAGCUGCUGUUGCUAGCAAGCAGUUUGGUCACGCGGAGAUUAUUUGUUCCUUAGUAGCUGAUGUGAGUGUUUCUGUUUCAUUGUUGGUUGGUUACUCAUGUUUAUUGGAGGUUUUUCUUUUAGUUGAUUAGUUUACUUGUUCUUGUUUUUUUUUAUUCAGGCAUGUAUUCAAAUAUGCCCAAAGAAUCCAACCAAUUUUAAUGUGGAUAACGUCCGUGUUGCCAAGCUUCUUGCAGGAGGAUUGCACAACUCUUGCAUUGUCUGUGGCAUGGUCUUGGAAAGCGAUGCUGUUGGGAGCAUAAAGCGAAUGGUAAAAGCAAAAGUGAGAUCGUUUUCUUUUGUUUGUACUUUGCUGUCCAUGUUUUUGUUGUUUUCAUCUAAUUGAUGCGUUUAGAAAUUAUAGCUUUAUGCUUAUUUCGUUCUUGGUUUCGAUAUCUGAAUGUUCACAAACCCUUUUUAUACUUUCUUCAGGUUGCUGUAUUUGCUGGGGGCGUCGACACUACUGCAACAAAAACAAAAGGAACUGUCUUGAUCCAUAGUGCUGAGCAGGUUAGUUUCUUAACCCUUUGAUUUCAGUGUGAUAGGGUCAAAAAGCUGAGGUUUAUCUGUAUUCUUAAGCAUGGUUGUGUGUUUCAACGGACUUGCGUAAUGUCUCCAGAUUUCUUCGCCGGGAUUGAAGAUUCAAACAGCGAUGCUUCACGUCGAUUGAACAUCUCGAAGCUCCAUUGUUGGCAUCUCGAAUCUCCAUCGUUGCUUCCAUAGAUGGAAGAAGAACAUGAAAGUCAUGAA